AUGUUUACAUGGUGUGAUAAUAGAGAUCCCCCUAACACAAUUUGGAAAAGACUAGAUAGGCUGGUUUACAAUAGCCAAUGGUUUGACCAAUUUGGGGGCACUACUAUCACUCAUCUCUCAAGAUCAUGCUCUGACCAUGCCCUUCUGUUGAUUACUUGCAAAAAGGAGAAUACUGAUUAUAUUAGUUACUUCAAAUUCCUGAAUAUUUGGGUUGAACAUGAUGACUUUCUUAGAUUGGUUCAACAAAACCGCUCAGGUUUGGUCAUAGGUGAUCCUUUGUUUAUACUAUAUCAGAAACUCAAGAGAGUAUGUAAAUCCCUCAGUACUUGGUCUAGGAGAGCCUUUGGAGAUAUUAAUGAAGAACCAAAGAGGUUGGAAACUACCAUUAGAAAGCUUGAGGAAAACUCUUUUAAUAACAACAACCCUUCUAAUAGAAUGAACCUAUCUCGAGCCAAAGCUGAUUAUACCAAAUUCCUUAAGCUUCAAGACAGUGUGCUUAGACAAAAAGCAAGGGUGAAAUGGUUGCAAGAAGGUGAUGCUAAUAUUGCUUUUUUCCAUGGAACCCUGAAGAACAAAAGGAAGAGACUUACUAUCCAGAAAAUUAAAGAUAUAAAUGGAGAUUGGGUAGAAGGCAAUAAAGAUGUAGGUGAUGUUGUAGUUAAAUUCUAUGAACACCUAUUCAGUCCCAAGAAUACUACUGAAGACCACAACGUUCUUGAAGUAGUAAGAAGAUCCAUCACUGAUGAGGACAAUGUUGGGCUCAAUGCAGAUCCUACCCUUCUAGAGAUUAAAGACAAUGUGUUCUCACUUGAUUCUGACAGUGCUCCAGGUCCAGAUGGACUUAAUGGAAAAUUCUACCAAGCUGCUUGGAACAUAAUUGCGGAUGACCUAUAUAGAGAAGUGGUCUGCUUUUUUCAAGAAUCCCCUCAAGAAUUCAAACAUUUCAGACCUAUAAAAUUGUGCAAUGUUUCUUCUAAAAUUAUUGCCAGGCUAAUCAAGGUUCUUCCAAAUAUUAUUAGCCCCAACCAGAGUGGUUUUGUAAAGGGCAGGGCCAUUUCUGAUAACAUUUUUCUUGCCCAAGAGAUCAUUACUGAUAUUGCUAAACCAAAAAAGGGUAUAUCUCCAACAACUGGUAUUCAUUAG